AUCUAUUCCACUGUCCUAUCGGUUGUAUACGCAUCAGCGAUGGCGAAGAUAAGGAUAAUUUUCUUUGCACUUUAUAUAUUGGCCCUCUGUGUAUCCUACACUGCGACGAGCCCGAUUGACUCAACUGCAAUAUCCUACGAGCCGGUAACAGAUGAGUUCUCUACGGUUCCUGAUACAAUGCCGACAGAAACUGAGGCUCCCGUCACCGAAGAAACAUCUCCCGAGAUGACCCCGAUUGACACAACUGCGCCAGUAACAGAUGAGACUCCUAUUAAUCCUGAUACAAUACCGACAGAAACUGAUGCUCCCAUCACCGAAGAAACAUCUCCCCAGAUGACCCCGAUUGACACAACUGCGCCAGUAACAGAUGAGACUCCUAUUAAUCCUGAUACAAUACCGACAGAAACUGAUGCUCCCAUCACCGAAGAAACAUCUCCCCAGAUGACCCCGAUUGACUCAACUGCGCCAGUAACAGAUGAGACUCCUAUUAAUCCUGAUACAAUACCGACAGAAACUGAUGCUCCCAUCACCGAAGAAACAUCUCCCGCGACGAGUCCGAUUGAAACUACUUCACCAGUUGCAAAUGAGACUACAACGGCUCCUACAGCACCGACAGUAAUUCAAACUCCAGUCACCCAAGAAAGCUCUCCAGAGGCGAGCCCGACUAACGCAACUGCGCCAGUAACGGAGAAGACCUCUACAGUUCCUGAUACAAUGCCGACAGAAAUUCAGACUGCCAUCACCGAAGAAACAUGUCCCGACACAACUACACCAGUAACAGAGAAGACCCCUACAGAUCCUGGUACAACUCCGAUAGAACCUGAGCCUCCGAUCACCAUAGAAACAUGUCCAGAGACGAGUCCGACUGAAACUACUGCACCAGUACCUACUGCGCCGGUUGCAAAUGAGACUACUACUGUUCCUGAUACAGCACCGACAGUAACUAAAGCUCCAGUCACCCAAGAAACAUCUCCCCAGACGAGCCAGAAUUAUACAACAACACGAAAUACGACUCUAACCACCAUGAUAGCUUCUUCUACGCCUGCCACAACUGGAACUGCCACGAACACUACAGUACGUACCACCACGAACACUACAGUACGCACCACUGCGAAGACAUCAUCGCGCACCACUGCGAAGACAUCAUCGCGCACCACUGCGAAGACAUCAUCGCGCACCACUGCGAAGACAUCAUCGCGCACCACCGCGAAAACGACACCACCGACUACCGCUCGCAGUACCACGAGAACUACACCACCGAAAACAACUUUCACCUAUCCACCGACUACAACCAUACGCACCACUACUACAAAAUGCAUUCCAACAACUUGCGGUGAAAAUGAAGUGUUUAACUGCUGCGGACAGUGCGCCUAUAACACGUGCCGGGGAUAUGUUACCUGUCAAGAUAGGGGCUGUGUGCAGGGUUGCUUCUGCAAGGUAGGAUUCGUGCGUGCCCAUCCGAAGGGACCAUGCAUUUCGUACAAAGCCUGCCCGAAGCAAGAGUUUCCACCCUACAUCAAAGAGUAGAGCAGGGACUAAAAGAAUGGGUUUAAAAUAAAAAGAUAAAUUGCGACCAAUGCACCUUAAAGCAUACAGUUGAAUACAUGGUAUCUUG